AUGGAUGCGUUCAAAUGUGCUCGUAGAUUUGGAUUCCACUCAAAUAUCAACAAUGUGAAAUCUGCAACUCAACUCGAAGUCAAAGGAUCUGGUUACAAUUCGCAUUCACACAAACUUUGCUCGUUCCGAAUCUGCUGCUCAAUUAUCAUAUGAAAGAGUCGUUGCUCAAUUUCAAUAAUUCGAUUAUGAAGGUGCUGAUGCUGAUUGUCAAGGAAAAUCCAUCUGAUUGUUCAGCAAUUCUAUAGGUUUGUUAAUUUUUUAACGUAAAACAUGACGUGGCAAAUUCCAUCUCAUUUUCUGAUUUAGAAAAACAAUCCUAAUUUUCAGCAUUCGUCUCAUUCUCAGCGAGUUUUUUGACGGGAUUUCAAAUGUGGUCAAAUCUUUUUGGUCUUUCAAAAUUUUAACAAACACUUGGAUUUGGUUUGAUUUUCUCCCGGAAAGGUCGGUUUUGUUUUUGCAAAAAUAUUCAAAUUCUCAUACAAAAUCAUUUUCAAAUGAUAAGAUUUGAAAUAUAAAAUUGAGGAGAAUUUAAGGAGAAUCAAAAAAAUUCCACACCCAAAUAUUGCGCUGAAAAUCAUGAAAACGUCGAUUUUCAGAUGCUUUCAGCAUUCUCAUCAUGAUUUUCAGCACAAAAUUUGGGUAUAGAAUAUUUCCUGCAUUUUCUAAUCAAAAAAUUUCACCAACAAUUUUACUUUAAAGCCAAAAAUUUUAGAAACCAAAAUUCUGUGCUGAAAUUUAUGAACUCAUUGAAUUCACGAUUUCCAGCACAAAAUUUAAGCCUGUAUUUUUUUUUUGAAUCUACAAGACUCAAAAAUUCAGCAGUUUUACUUCAAAAUAUAUAUGAAAAUCGAGUUCGGUUGAUCUUGAGCUAUAAAAAUCAAGGUAAGUUCUUUUUCUUCAAAAAUUUGAUUUGAUUUAUUUGUUCUGUUAUUUUUUGUUUCAUAAAAUAAUAAAUUGUUUUUUUUCUCAAAAUUGUGUUAUGUAUUUUAUUUUUGAUUUUUAAAGAGUUGAAUUCUCUUAGAAUUCUUGUAUUCAAAUGGAUUCGAAAGGACGUGUAAAAGGUGAGAUUUUUGGGAAAUAUUAGGAUUUAAAAUUAGUCGAAUGAGAAUGACUGAGAUUUAAAAAAAAAAGAUUUUCUAGACUGAAAAUUGAUUGAAAUUUUUAGAAAAACAGGUGUCAUUCGAAAAAUUUGAAGAAUUUUCAAACAAAACUUAUGCGAGGAGAUUGUUUCAUAAGCAGUUUCCAUUUUAAAUUAUUCGAAUUUUCAGGAUUUAUAAAAAUUAAUUUUGUUUUUCCCUUCAAAAAUCCGAAAUUGAAGAAUCUAAUCAAAAACCUGUUUUUGAAAAUAUUUUUCUUCCAGAUUAACCAUCAAUAUUGAUUGGAACGUGUCGAUUAUCAACUCGCUGGAUUUUGGAUGGAAAUUUGUGAUUUUUCACCUCCGGAACAUCAAGCUUUAAAAAUCACGUGAGUUUUUCCCUUUAAAAAUGUUAUAAAUUAAAAUUGAAAAAUAUGAUCUGAUUGGGAAUUUUUCUAAAAUAUUUUUCACUGUCAUGAGAAAAUUUUGAAUUUUGAAAUUCAGUCCCAAAAAACAUUGAUAUCAUAUUUUGAAUAACAAAUAAAAACGUGAAACAUGACGUGGAAAAUCAUUGAUUUCAUUUUUCGAAUAAAAAACCAUUUCAAUUUUCAGCGAGUGUUCAAGCUUUUUCAACUACUGGAAAACAUGCGGAUUUGAAUCAUCGGAGGAUAGGAAAAAGGCGGAAUUUUGAAGCAAUAGCUGAGAAAAUAUCGAUUGAUAACAAAGAUCUCGUCUCCUGACACCUAUAUAGUUCCAGAAGAGGAUUGAGGUAAGAUUUUGACAAAAUUCAAAACUAUUUUCAAAAUCAAGCAUAUUUAGGCCGACUUCAAAAUGUUCAAUUCCAUUCAAUUUCCAUCAAGAAGUAUUGAUCGAAUGUCGAGCUGAAAUUCCAGAAGAAUCCGAAAAAUUAUCAAUGGGAAAUGAUAUUGUUUAG